GCCAAUUACCCUCAACAAGGUCCAUUGCGCCUCCUCACACGUCUCACGCACACCCGGGAAGCGACUUUUCCGUCCCGACUUGCUGAAUUUAUGCCAGAACACCCUGCCACCUCAGCCCCGCAUACAAACACACGACGGCGGAGGAGUCCAUCUUUCCUCCAACGCCUCAGUAACUUCGAUCUAUCGAACAACUUACUCUUCAACCUUGAGAGGGUCUACCAAAGUCUGGGGUUCUCGCCGGUCAGGACGAGUGCUUCUAAAGAGCAGGGUGCAAAAGAUCGAAGUAUUGAAAGCGAAGGUCACCUUCUCCUAUCUAUUGAAGAAGAAGACCAAGACGAAGAAGAAGAGAUACCUAUCAAAGAAGAUUCGAAGAUAUCACACUUGCAGAGUACAAACAUGGUAAUGAGUAAAGUAGGAGGGAGGCCGCCGAAGAAAGCUCUAGCUAAGGCGAGACCUAAGGGGAAGUUGGGCGUCGUGACUACGAAGAAGCGCAGCCCGCCCGCAGCCACCAAGAUUGAGCGCGCGUCGAAGAUCCAGAAGGCUAUACCCAAAGCGAACAGCGGCAAGAGGGUUAAUGGUAGAGGCGCGAGUGUAACUGGUGCAAUUGUCAUCUCUGGCAGUGAAGGUGAAGAUCGCGAUCUGCCUAGACAGUUUCCUAUGGACACGUUGACACCACCUCGGCAAAUGCUAAAGAUUGAUUCUCCGGGCAGCGAAGAUGAUCUGAAGCCAAUGCCUAUGCCUACACCGAUACCAACAUCUACUCACAGCAGUCGUCUCGAGAACGAGCUUGUGCGCGUGAAGGUGUCACACGAAAGGGAAUUGGAAUGCCUCCGCCUGCAACUGAAUGCAUUCGAAGCAAAGGUAAAGCAAAUCAAACAAGAUGCCGAACGACAAGCGCUCGACCUGCAACGCCGACAAAGUAUCUCAAGCGACGGGCAGAUGGCAGAUCGCGAGGAAGAACUCGAGAUCAAGAAGCGGCGAUCAAGCGACCUCAGCUGGGAAUGCGAUCACCUACGCCGGGAGAUGGAGGCAGCCCGCAGCUGUUUGAAAGGCGAAGCAGAUCUGAUCCAGCAGCGCGACGAAUACGAGAGACUGUACGACGAGGAGCAAGAUACCAACGCCGACCUGACGCGUGGGCUGGAGGACAAGGACCAGCUAUCAGCACACAAAGCGGCAGAGAUGUCAGCUGAGAUGCAGCAGCUCUCACAGCAAAUCCAGGACCUUCAGCGCGAAGUCAGCGACCUCAGGGCCGAAAGCGCCGCGCUCAGAAUCACCACCAACCGAACACCUCCGCCCAGAAGUGACUCUCCGGCGCCCUCGCCCUCGCCCUUGCAGUCAACAUCGGCAUCGCACGCCGAGCUCCGACUUGCCGACAUCCGCAAGACGUACAUUACCGUCAAGAGGAGGUACGACAACCUCCACUCUGUGGCGAGCGACAUCUCGACUGCGACGCGGUCUUGGGACUACAGCAGCUUUGGCGAAUUCGGCACGUACUUGAGGCAGUUGAAGACGGCGCUUGAUGUGAACAGGCCGGAGGAAGGUGUGGUGUCGGCUUCACAGGUGGCGAAGGUGGAUUGACAUAUGGCGAAGUAAAUGUGGUCUUGCGUAUCAUGAUUUGGUAUCGUGUAUGUAUACGUACUGCAUAUCUGCAACUUGGGUAUAUGGGCAGAACAGAUAGGCUCAAAACUUUCCGUUGUUUCCGACAAACAUGCUUCCAAGUUGAUGUUCCGAGAUUUGCGAGAAACGGAGGAUACCGACUUGUCGACUCUGACAC